GAAUGGCCACUGCAAAUCAAAUACGUACAGCUGAGGGACGCUGGUCCGUACGAGUGCCAGGUCUCAACGCACCCUCCCACGUCAAUAUUUGUUCAACUGGACGUGGUCGAGGCCAAAGCGGAAAUAUUCGGCCCAUCCGACAAAUACCUGAAGCCGGGCUCGACACUACGGCUCACCUGUCGAGUGGUGCAAAGCAACGAGCCCCCGUUGUAUAUCUUUUGGUAUCACAACAACCGUAUGAUCAACUACGAUGUCCACCUGGGUGUAAAUGUGUCCACCGAAGCCGAUAAUCGCUUUUCGGAACUGGUGAUAACGCAUUCCAACACCCUCAACUCGGGAAAUUACUCCUGCGUGUCCAACAAUGCGGUGGCAGCCUCCACCUAUGUGCACAUUUUGAAUGGUGAAAACCCAGCAGCGAUGCAACACGGUGACCACGGCAAUGGCGUCCUGGUGGGGACUCAUCUCCAUCUGCUGGUGACGGUUGUAACAUAUCAGAUCAUCAACUUGUUAUUGUGUGCACAUUGAACAUAAUUGUAGAAAAUAAUAUUAAUAAAAAAAACCGAGGGACCCAUCACCCUGGACUGAUGGAAGAGACACCCAAAUGAAAGGUACGGUGGGGUACGGAGGUGCACAGAUGUGUAACAAACAAGAAAGCAAACAAUU